AUGACAUCCAGUCCAAGCGAAGCAUACGUACUAGGCGUGGGCUUGACCCAAUUUCUCAAGCCACGUCGCACCCGCGAAUAUCCCGAACUGGGUUAUGAAGCGGGUGUCAAGGCAAUGAUCGACGCCAAAAUCAAUUACGACGACGUGCAGACCGGCAUCGGAUGCUACUGUUAUGGCGAUACAACCUCAUCUCAGAGAAUCUUUUAUCAAUUCGGAAUGACCGGUAUUCCCAUAUACAACACUAACAAUGCGUGUGCGACGGGUUCCACGGGCCUGCACUUGGCACGCAAUAUGGUCAGAGGAGGUCUUGCGGACUGCAUCCUGGUGAUUGGAUUUGAGCAAAUGCGUCCAGGCUCCAUUAAAAGUGUGUGGGAUGACCGACCCAGCCCCUUGGGUCCAUCUACCACGAUGAUGGAAGAUACGCAUGGAAAACACGGGUCGCCGCGAAAUGCGCAAUAUUUUGGAAAUGCCGGGCAGGAAUACAUGCAAAAGUUCGGUGCUGUGGCUGAGGACUUUGCAGAGAUAGCACGUAUCUCUCAUGAACACUCCCAGCGAAAUCCCUACGCGCAAUUCCGAAAGGCUUAUUCGUUGGAUGAGAUUCUGAACUCUGACCCCGUCCAUGGCCCUCUCACAAAGCUCCAGUGUUCCCCGACGAGCGAUGGUGCCGGAGCUGCGGUAAUCGUAUCGCAGCGUUUUUUGGACGCCCGCCCACAGCUCAAAUCUCAGGCAAUUCUCAUGGCGGGUCAGCAGCUGCUGACCGAUGGACCAGAGGUCUAUUCUCGAAGCGCAAUCGAUUUAGUCGGAUUUAACAUGUCCCGCCAGGCGGCUCUGCUGGCAAUGAAGGAAGCUCGCGUCGAAACUAAGGAUAUCAAAGUAUGCGAACUCCACGACUGCUUCUCAACGAACGAACUUCUGCUCCUUGACGCACUGGGUUUUUCGCAGCCUGGAAAAGCACAUGAGAUGGUUCGUCGGGGUGACAUUACCUACGGCGGGCGUGGUCCUAUUAUAAACCCCUCGGGAGGGUUGAUCUCUAAGGGACAUCCACUUGGCGCAACAGGAUUGGCACAAUGUGCUGAGCUUACCUGGCAGCUUCGGGGAUGGGCCAAUAACCGCCUCGUUUCGAACACGAAUGUUGCGUUGCAGCAUAACCUGGGACUAGGAGGGGCGGUAGUUGUUACUAUUUACAAGAGAGCAGACGGUCAGACCAAUAAAAAGGUUUCCGAUGAGGAGGUUCAGCAGGUCUCUGGCAUAGGAUAUAAUCCUGCCGUCGAAGCUAGGUAUAUUACCCCCGAGGACGGUGAGCGCGUGCGCAGUAAGACCAAGCGCCAUGAUUACGUCUUGCAAGAUACAGUGGGAAAACUUCGAUCCCGCAUCUAG